CAUUAAUUGAAACCUGUCAAUGUUUGUUUGUGGAAACUGACAUUGCAUUUGUAUUUGAUAAAUAUUUACUUUUAUUUAAUAAGAUUUUUACUUUAUUUAUGUGUAUUACGCUAACCCAGGAUAAUGGGUAAAGGAGCAGUGUUUAUUGUCUGCUGCAGCUUUGUUAUAAUAGGGGUCUUCAUCGUAAUGUGUUACUUGAUGAGCAAAGUAAACCCGCCGCCUUUAGUUCGGGAUCCGCUACCACCACCACCUAAAAAUGUAGGAAGGAGUUAUUUGUACGAUUCGCUAUUUGACAAUCCCACGAAAGAGUACGGGAAAUAUAGAUUAUGGAAGUCUGAAGAAGGAUCAUUAGCGGACAUUGCAACAUUUAGCACUGCUCAAAUAUUAUUCGAUCAAGAAUACAACACUCUCUGGACAUUCCCGACGGUGAGAAUAAUAAACCCAGCACCACCUGGCACGGUAAUAAAUCGAACAACGCCAUUACCCAUACUAAAAGUGUUAAACAAAACUGAAGAAGUCGAUAGAGAAACCACAACGGCCGGUGUAAAUGGUACUCUAAUAUUAAUACCAGUCAAAAGAUCAGUAAAAGAAUUCAAAAAAAUCAAAGGAGAAAUCAAUUCUGUAAUACUUAGGAUUAUAGACGAUAGUGGACAAUUUAAUAUUGAAAUUAAAAUUGGAUCAAACGGUUCGUAUUGGAAGGGAGAUGAGAAGAAUCGGGUAAAGAAAAAACCUACUUUGAGUAUGUAUUUGAAGACAAAAAAUGAUGAUAUUUAUGAAGAAGCUGAUUUAGCAAAAGGUGAUGGUAAUGAACUAAAUUCUGAUUCUGUUGACUUGUCAAUGCAUGAUAAAUAUGACAAGACUUUUGGCAACAAAACUAAAUACCUGAAAGACUUAAAUCAAAUGGACAAAAAUGGUACUGCUACAGAUAUAAGUAUCAACGGUACUUUUAAUUAUAACGAUACUUCAAAAUAUAACUCCACUUAUAUUGAUGACGGCAGUAAUGUUACGGCUUAUACUUUAGACUACAACAGUACAGUGGAAGACGUCCCACAUGAUGAGAACAGUAUUGAUAUGAAUGCUACUGAAACUUUACAAAGACAUACUACAAACACUAUCAAAGAUUAUUAUGAUAUACCUAUUCCAGAAAAUUACACUACUCUAGCUCCUCACGUCACUAAUGAUAAUGUUGAUUUGAAAGAUGUUAUAGAUGUUGAUGAUUCUCUAAGCAGUAACGACACUUAUAAUGCUACGAUAAAUCGCACCAUGCAGUUGGAAGACAAUGCGACAUCUAACAUAGUACAAUACACUAAUAACACUCUGAAGAAACCUGCACUUUACGCUAAUAACAAUCCGUAUACAUUUUUCUUUGAGAACGCAACAAAAUUCCCAAGUCCUGCUUAUUCCAAAACAUUUGAGUUUAUUGAUAAUGCUUUGUCGAAAGUUAUAAAGAAAGGUAACGCAACGAAGAAGUACAAAGGUGACAUUUACGGUUUUACUAUUACCGAGGCUACGAAACAUAAUAUGGAUAUCGAUAAUCUAAUACCUAUGGAGAAUGUCAAUCCUAAUGUAGACAAUACAGUAACUAUAACAGAAAUACCUGUGACAAAGAAAAGUUUAAUCACACCGUUUGAAUUAUCAACUCAUGCAAAAACCACGAUUCUAUUUAAAGUGAACAUCAAAAACAACAAUUCAUUGCAAAUCAAAAGAACAAUUCAAAAAGACAAUGAUACGAUGUUAAAAAUUAAUAAAUCGGGGAAGUAUAAGAAUUUACCGAUAGUGCUUCUAAAGUCUAAGGAAUUUGCCCUGGACAGUGGAUCCGAUCAGGGCUCAGCAGUUAAAGAUACAAGAUGA